UGGGUAGGAAAGUUGCAGUACAGCAGUAACAGACUAACAGCACCAUCUCGUGACUGCUUUGUUCCAAGUUCGACCUUGACGAAGUAUUUGUUGAUUGUUAGGUAUAUUAUUGUGAAUUAUGUUAGAAGAUUGACCCUAUUUCAUGAAAAUUACCUUCAAUUUACGAUUUUAGACUACUUCACGCCACACUGAAAAAAUGGCCAGCCGUUUCAAGAAAGUGAGCCGCAUUGGCCGUGGUACCUUUGGGGAGGCAUGGUUAGUCACGAGCACUUGCUCUGGUCGUCGGUAUGUCAUAAAAGAGGUACAGGUCGACGAGAUGUCAGAGGAAGAAUUGGAAAAGACGCGAACUGAAGCGACAAUUUUGGCUCGGUGUAAACACAGCAGCAUUAUUCGGUAUAAAGAGUACUUCAUGUUACAGGACCCUGCUACGAUGUGCUUAGUGAUGGAGUAUGCUGAUGGUGGAGAUUUAGCAGAGAAAGUGAAAGCAGCAAAACGAAAGGGCGAGGCUCUAACUGAAAAUACCAUAUUGCACUGGUUUAUUCAAGUAAUCUUCGCCGUCCAAUAUCUUCACGCUAAUAACAUUUUACAUAGAGAUUUAAAGACGCAGAAUAUAUUUCUGACAAAGACGAAUCUUGUAAAGGUUGGAGAUUUUGGGAUUGCCCGGUUUUUAAGGGACAAGCAGGAUUUAGCCACAACUGCAAUUGGCACGCCGUAUUAUCUUUCACCAGAAAUUUGUCAAAGACGACCAUAUAAUCACAAGUCCGACAUGUGGGCUGUAGGUUGCAUUUUGUAUGAGCUUUGUGCCUUGAGACAUCCAUUUGAUGCAGAGAAUUUUGAAGAUCUUGUUGUCAAGAUAUUACGAGGAGCAUAUAGACCACUUCCUGGAUCAUUUUCCAGUCUCAUAAAGGACUUGAUCAGUGUGAUGCUUCGGACCAAUCCUGAAAGACGACCUACAGCAGAUGCACUGUUGAUGUUACCUGCUCUGAAACCAUAUGUAGAAAAUUAUCUGCAACAGUAUGAAGAACUUCUCAAUAAUAAGAUGAAAGUUCCCAGCACUUCUGAUGGUAAAGUCCAUGAUACAAGGUCUCCAAAUAGUAAAGACGUUUGCUCUGAUGUCGAGUUGGAUGAGAAGAUUAAGGUUUUGGAAUUGGAUAAACCUAAUGCACUUAGGAAGCUGAAUGUUGUCCAGGAAAAUGUGAGGUUACCUGAAAAGGAGGAGGAUUGUAGUGACAGCCAUAAUCAGGAGGUGGAAAGUUCUUUGUCAAGAGAAACCCUGCUUGGAAACCAACCAUGUAUUCUUCCUGGGGAUUAUUUUUACCCCCCAAAAGACUUGAAGUCUGUCUCUUCUCAAGAAGAUGCAAGUUUGUCCACACCAAAGACUCCUGCAGUGUGUGAAACUCCCUCUUACAGAAUUAGAGAGAACAGUCCAGUACACCCUCCAGCUCCUCCUAAUACCCCUGUAGAUGGAGGAAAAUUCCUUAGUACCCCUCCAAAUAUUCCCUUGAUGACCAUUUUUGCUCUUUGUUCUGAUUCCCCAUGCAGUGCUUCCUUACGUGCAUCACCUGUUUACACAACGUCCUGUAAUGAUGACAACAUUUGGAAAGGAGCAGAUGAAGCCCCAACACCUUACAACACAGCUGAAGAAUCUCCUUUUGACAGCCCUCCCAACAAGGAAAGGGAGUUAAAAUCCCCAUGUUAUAAUGCAAACAAGGCUAUUGCUGGUUUAUGUGAAUUGGAUCACAUGAUCGUGGCAAGCUCCAUUGUUCGAAGUCCACGAAGCGAUUCUGUUUAUAAUAAGGGAUACUCUUGUAAAAGUUUUCGCUCUCAAGGGAGAGUUUUAGGUGAAACUUUCAUCGUAGAUAAGAAUAUCUGGGAUUCGGUAGAUGAUGAUGUAUUUGCAACUGAGAGUGGUCAAUGAUUACUUGUACAGAAAUUCUUCAUUGACAUGAAGUCAUGUUGUACUUGUAAAAUCAUUUUACUAUCUUAAUCAUGAUUAAAUAUCUAUAGUUUGCAUAGACUCAGACUUUGUAUUGUAGCAUGUGUGUCAAAUGAGUCCAAUUUUCUGUUACAUUUUUACUGUUUUAUAAUCUUGAAUAAAUUCAGAUUUUACAUUUUA